AUGAUGGCCGAGCCCGCCAUGGCCUUCCACGAAGCUGCCUUGAGCAUUGCGAUGCUCAACCUGCGCAUGCGCGUCUGCAUGAUGCUCGGAGCGAUAGCCGUCACAGCGACUCUCUGGUUGCUACCCCGCUCCCUCGUCGAGGCAGGGUCGGCGCUGCUUCUCUUGGCCCUAUGUCUCUCUGCGGCUUUCAGCGGGAUCCCGACGAGCCAUAGCACACUUGAUUCCGGUUUCAAAGACCUCCAACCCGGUGAUUUCGUCUUCCUCGCGGACGGGGUCAUCGCCCUAUCUUCCAUCACGACAGCGAUUCUGUUCUACGUGCUGUUUUUGCACCUUCCAGCCAUUGCUUGGCUGGCGCGUACUUUGACGCAGCGCGAGGUCGCUGCACCAGCGCAACUUGCACUGUCGGACGACGACUCGGCCAUGUCGAACGACGAAGAGACGACCGACGACGACGAAGAACACAAUGUCAUCUAA